AUGGGCGCGGCGCAUCUCGCCGCGCUGUCUGCGCUGUCGCCUCAAUCGCUAACGGCCUGGGCGCCGGGAUCCCGGCCUCGCCUAAUUGAGCGUGAUGUCGGUGGUGUGCUUGUGCGGCGUGAUGACUUGUCGACCACACUUGUGGCGGUACGUCCUACCCAUGUCAUUAUUGCUUCGCCGGUGGAAACCCUCAGCUCGACUGCCAUUGAAGUCAUGAGGGCUGGCGUCAAGCAUCUUCUGAUAGAAAAACCCGGCGCAAUGGACCAACAUGAAUGUGGGUUGCUGCAGGCAUGUGCAGCUGAAACCGGCGCAGAAAUUCAUGUUGCUUACAACCGUCGUUUUUAUGCCUCAGUGCGUGGUGCAUUGGCGCACAUGCGCGAUGCUGGCGAACGCAUUGAAAGCGUGCUCUUUGAGUUCAACGAAGUCAUGCCGGCGCAGGGCCCUGGGGCUACGGCUGAGGUCGCGGCCCGCUGGCUUCUGGCCAACAGCAUGCACGUGAUCGAUACAGCCUUUCAUCCGGUGGGCCUACCUGACUUGCAGCGUAGCCUCUUUCAACGUUCCGGCGGCUUGUCGUGGCACCCGGCGGGCAGCAUUUUUGUCGGGUCGGGUAACACAACAAGCGGUGUGCCGUUUGCCUUUCACGCCAAUUGGGAUGCGCCCGGGCGUUGGGGUUUUGAAUGGAUGACAAAAUCCACCCGCUACGUUUUCAGGCCCAUGGAGAAGCUGUCGGUCAUGCGCAAGGGGCGCUUUGACCUUGAGCCUAUGGUGCUGGAUGACGAAAUUGACAGCCGCUUUAAGCCUGGUGUUUACCACCAGAAUGCGGCGUUUCUGUCGGGAGACCGCGCGGCAGGCCUGGUGACGCUGGCUGAGGCUGCGGCCUUGAUACCGUUGGCCCAGAAAAUCGCCGGCUACCCGGAGGCGUAA